AUGUUGGCCUGCCUUCAGCGAACACAGAACCCACCUUCGCGACGUUUGUCAUGUCCCAGUAAAACACUGGAGUCUCUGAAAUGUGAGUCAGUCACAUCCACACAUUCUCCCAGGUAUCCUAGUCCAGCUGAACUUGAUGCUUAUGCCCAGAAGGUGGCUAACAGCCCACUAACAAUCAAGAUCUUUCCUACAAAUAUCAGGGUUCCUCAGCAUAAGCACCUUAACAGGACUGUGAAUGGCUAUGACACAACAGGGCAACGCUACAGUCCAUACCCUAUACACUCUGGAGGAUAUCAGGGUCUUUUAGCAGUUGUGAAGGUACAUGGCAAAAGUGUGGUGAAAAAUACAGAUGGCAAGAGGACACGGAUGUCCCCAGCACAAGUUGGAAAUGGCAACAUCGGACCCUACCUGGUGCCAAGCACUUUAGCGCAGAGUCAAUCGUGUACUGGGCAAAUAAGUUACCACAGCAGCCAGAAAUCUUUGGAGGGACCUGUUCCACCUAAUGUAACUGUUGCCACAUCUGUUAUUCCAAUAGGAGGACGUAGUCUGGCUCUGCAGCAGUCAAAUCUCCCCUCUAUUCAAAGCAUCAUCUACCAGAUCAACCAGCAAUGCCAGGCUCAGGCAUCACAACAGGCUUCAGCUGCUGUCUGUCAAGGUGCUCUUGUCACCAAUCCAAGCCCAGCCACAGUGGCCAGCCGCAAUACAGUCAAUGGCUUUACCAACAUGAUUAAUGGAAGCGUGGUGUAUGCUGGAAAUGUUGUACCUGAAUGCCGUGGAGGAGCAGAGUUGACAGCUGCUUCAGGUUUAGUCUCUGCAGCAGGACCUAAACCUGGGGCCUAUCCAGAUGGAAUGGAUUAUUUACUAUGGCAACAGAAACAACAGAUCCGUAUGUACUCAGGCAGUGGUGGUGGGGGAGUAGUAAGUAAGUCGCCAGAGGUUUGUGGUGCCCCACGACCGUAUACCUUGGCACCUGCUAUUGAAAAAGUCCCUUCAUCUCCCUUGAACUGUGUGGGCAUGCACUGCAACUUUUCAACAGGGCAGUAUUUGGCUGCCCCUUGGAACAGCGUACUGGUGACACCAGACAGUGACUGUUAUAACCCACAGGACCUCACAAACGGCCACCGUGACCUUGUUCACCCUUCAGAUGGGCUCACUAGUGUUUCCAGUAGAACGCUAUGUAAUACCUCUAUCCUCAGCAGUAGUCUGCAGUCACUGGAGUAUUUGAUUAAUGACAUUCACCCUCCCUGCAUUAAAGAGCAAAUGUUGGGUAAAGGAUACGAGACUGUGUCAGUACCUCGAUUAUUGGACCACCAAAAUGCUCACAUUCGACUACCCGUUUACAGAUAGAGAGUGAACUGCUGUUUGGAAAAGAUAGAAUGAUGGUGUUAAAUCUUUUAUAGAUAUACACCGAAGCCUCCAGCCUCAAUACAGCAGUCAAAGGCAAAUGAAGUGGAGUGUUUAAAAUGCCCCAGGGAUUACAAGAUGCUGGAAUGAGUUUGGUUUGGACAAAAGUAUCGAAUCUACUGGUGUUAAUGAUGAAAGAUGGCAAUUUUUUUUAAAUUACAA